AUGCCCGGUAUCAAGGUCUUCCACGUCACAGCGCUGGCAACGCUCCUCCUCUCGUCCGUGCUGUUGAGCAUAGCCGCCCAGGACACAUGCACCACCGCCAGCCAGCCAAACCCCAUCGCCCAACAAUAUGCAGACACGCCGACGGGGACCCUUAACACAACAAUGGCAAUAGUGCCGAUCCCUCUCGACACCGCGAGGAGGAUCGUACCUGCGCAGCAUGCCAUCCUCGAGGGCGCAUACAGGGCCUUGAUGCCCGACUUCCCGGCCGACAUGUACCCCGUGCUCGUGACAGCCGCGCUGGACCACGACAUCCAAUUAGCCGCUCUCAGCAUUAAUGUACAGGACUUCCAGCGUUUCGGCUGGUCAUUCCCCUUUAUAGACCUGCUCGGCGACGGCUACUCAUCAUUCACAAUGGCGAUGGCCCAGAUGAUCAGCGCCGACAACGAGAUCGCCAUCAACGGCUCCCGGGACUACGGCACCGUCGUGCACCCGACCAAGUUCGAGCCGGGGGCCACGGACGACUCGGGCAAGUACGUCAUGCUGGAGUUCUCGGAGCUCGACGAGGGGGACUCGAACCCGUUCCCCAUCGAGGUCUACCGGAACAUCACGAACCAGCCCAUCUUCGCCAACGGCACGCGGUGCGACAGGAUGGUGCGGCUGUUCAACUCGACUAUUAAUGAGGGCCAGUGGGCGCCGGUGCCGGUGAAAGGCACCGUCUUCUCGAACCUGGAGCCGAUGGAGGAUACGGAAGGGUUGGGUAUAAGCGACGAGGGUGGCAACGCCACUGCUCUCCUGGAAGCUGGCGGUGGGCUUACGGCCAUCAGAAUCGUUGACGAUCAGAUCGCAGCAGUUUGUCACAGAGCCGACCGCUUCCACAGGCGUGCAUCUCCUGGUAGUUGA